ACAAUCCCUGGUUGGCCAGUGUCUAUUCAAUGAUACCUGAUUGGUCACGUCUACGACUGAGACGGCUGAAGUCAUGCAGCAAACUGAACACGUGAAAGGUGCAUGUCCAAAGAAUGAACGCUGGUUGGAAAUGAGAGAGGGGAAUCCCCACUUUCUGCAGGUUAAAUAAUCGUCGUCAGAGGUCGCUUCAACAUACCUGGCUAGCUGCAAACAUGGCUGCCACACGAGUUUUAGGCAACUUGAGCACUGAAACCGCCGCUUUCUUCCUCUGUGACAUGCAGGAACGAUUCCGACCAGCUAUCAAAUUCUUCCCCGAGAUCCUACAAAUCGGACAGAGGCUGGUGGAGGCCAGCAAAAUCCUGGACAUUCCGCUGAUCGUGACGGAACAGUACCCCAAAGGGCUGGGCAGCACAGUAGCAGAGAUAGACGUGAGCAGUGCAAAGGUCGUGGUCCCGAAGACCAAGUUUUCCAUGGUGGUUCCGGAGGUUGAGGAGGUGUUGAAGUCCAUGCCGGUGGUCCGGAGCGUGGUGUUAUUCGGGAUAGAGGCGCACGUGUGUGUCCAGCAGACGGCCCUGGACCUGCUGGCGCGGGGCGUGGAGGUGCACGUCAUAGCAGACGCCACUUCCUCAAGGAGUCAGAUGGACAGAGUGUAUGCCUUCGACCGUCUGCGCCAGGCCGGUGCGGUCAUCACCACCUCAGAGAGCACCUUGCUGCAGCUGGUCGCCGACAAAAACCACCCCAAGUUCAAGGAGAUUCAGGGACUC